AUGGUCAACCUAUCCCUCAUCUCCCUCUUCGCAGCCGCAACGCUCGUAACAAGCUCACCAACGGUUUAUUUAAUCCGCCACGGCGAAAAGCCUGAAGACGGAAAUGGACUCAGUGUCGCGGGCGUGCAGCGUGCACAAUGUCUGCGAAAUGUCUUUGGAUCGAGCUCCGAGUAUGACAUCGGAUAUAUCAUGGCCCAGAUGCCUAAGAGCGAUGGUAAACGCCAACGACCUCUCGACACUGUCCAGCCCCUGGCUACUGACCUGGGUCUGACUGUCGAUACAUCGUGCGAGCGGGAUGAUCCGGACUGCGUGAAGGAUGUGGUCGAUGGGUAUAGUGGAACUGGCAAUAUUCUAAUUUGCUGGCAGCAUAAUGCUUUGACGGAUAUUGUUAAGAAACUUGGUGAUAAAGACGCGCCGAAUUAUCCUGAUGAUAGCUUCAAUAUUAUCUGGACUGAUCCUUCACCUUAUUCUUCUAUUACCGCCAAGGUGAGCGAGAACUGCCCUGGUUUGGAUAGCUAG